AAAAGGGAAUCGGAGAGGGUGGUUUCUGUGAGGCAGAAGGCUUGCGGGACAGGGAGGUGCCGAAACGCUAGAAGUUUUGCGAAAAUAAAUAAUAGUUACCCACGGGUAAAACAAGCGGAAUUUAAAAAAAUACAUAUUAUUCGGGUUGCUGUACGCGGCAUCUUUUGUCCUAGGAAUGAAAUGCUGUUACACGGAUGACUUAAAAGAGCCUGGGGAUUGCCCGUCUCCCUCGGAGCCCUCCCUGACUCAGCUGGCUGCCCCCCAGCAGGUGCGUGCAGGUGGGCGCGUGGGCCUGGGACGGCUGCCGUCAUGUCUUAACGCGCUGCGCUCCCCGCUCCGGGCCCUGCCCCUCUACCCCCUCUACCCCUUCUCUUCUCCCUCGCCCUCCUACCCCUCCUCCUCCCUCACGCUCUACCCAGAUGUCCCGCAGGCGGCUCACCGUGGUCCCUCUGGAGAGAUGAGUGUGCGGCUGCAGCACAGGGUAUCAGAGCAGGACCUCCAGGACCAGGACCAGGAGCCGUCGGGUUCAGACCAGCAGGCAGGCUCAGACCAGGACCUGCAGAGCCAGACUAAGAAGCAUCAUGCGGGCUCAGACCGCGACCUGCAGUCGGCCUGCUCCUCCGUGAGUCUGCCUUCGAUCAGGAAGACGCCCAAGAAACGCCGCCUGUCCCUGCGCGGCCUGUUCCGCCGUCGCCAACGAGACCCCAAACGCAAGUCCCGUCCCGGGGUCCCUGGAGGCGCCGUCGAUUCCCACGCCGGCGGCGACCUCGUGGCGUCGGAGAGCGGCCUUCAAGAUGCCGUUUCGAGCGGGGUGGCGUCUGGGAGCUCUUCGUCGUCGUCGUCAUCUUCAUCGGCAGGGGAGCUGCUGGAGUGCCCGCUGUGUCUGCUGCGUCACACGCGCGAGCGCUUCCCCGACAUCAUGACCUGCCCACACCGCUCCUGCGCAGACUGCCUGCGCCAGUACCUGCGCAUCGAGAUCAGCGAGAGCCGCGUCAACAUCACCUGCCCUGAGUGCUCGGAGCGCUUCAACCCCCACGACAUCCGCACCAUCCUGGCUGACCGCGCCCUCAUGGACAAGUACGAGGAGUUCAUGCUGCGCCGCUGGCUGGCUGCUGACCCCGACUGCCGCUGGUGCCCAGCACCGGACUGUGGAUAUGCGGUCAUUGCCUUUGGGUGUGCCAGCUGCCCUAAGAUCACCUGUGGCCGGGAGGGCUGUGGGACGGAGUUCUGCUACCACUGCAAGCAGCUGUGGCACCCCAACCAGACCUGUGACGCCGCUCGCCAGCAGAGGGCACAGAGCCUGCGCCUCCGACCCUUCCGCUCCUCAUCGCUCAGCUACAGCCAGGAGAGUGGAGCAGCUGCAGAUGACAUUAAACCAUGUCCCCGCUGUGCUGCCUACAUCAUCAAGAUGAAUGAUGGGAGCUGCAAUCACAUGACCUGCGCCGUGUGUGGCUGUGAGUUCUGCUGGCUCUGUAUGAAGGAGAUCUCAGACCUGCACUACCUGAGUCCUUCAGGGUGCACCUUCUGGGGCAAGAAGCCAUGGAGUCGUAAGAAGAAGAUCCUGUGGCAGCUGGGCACUCUGGUAGGUGCUCCAGUGGGCAUCGCCCUGAUCGCUGGCAUCGCCAUCCCCGCCAUGAUCAUCGGGAUACCGGUGUAUGUGGGGAGAAAGAUUCAUAAUCGAUAUGAGGGAAAAGAUAUUUCCAAGCACAAGAGGAACCUUGUCAUCGCUGGUGGCGUGACUUUGUCUGUCAUUGUAUCACCAGUUGUGGCAGCAGUGACUGUCGGUAUCGGCGUGCCCAUCAUGUUGGCGUAUGUGUAUGGCGUGGUGCCCAUAUCUCUGUGUCGCAGCGGAGGGUGUGGCGUCUCGGCGGGGAAUGGCAAAGGCGUGAGGAUCGAGUUUGACGAUGAGAACGACAUGAAUGUGGGCAGCGGGGCCGUGGCUACUGACACCACCUCUGUGGCAGAGACGCGGCACAACCCCAGUCUGGGCGAGGGCAGCGUUGGCGGUAUGACGGGGAGCCUGAGUGCCAGCGGCAGCCACAUGGACCGGAUGGGCGCCAUGCGGGACAACCUGAGCGAGAACGCCAGCACCAUGGCACUCGCUGGCGCCAGCAUCACGGGCAGCCUGUCGGGCAGCACUGUGGGCAACUGCUUCAACAGGCUGGAGGUGCAGGCGGAUGUUCAGAAGGAGCGCUGCAGUCUGAGUGGGGAGUCGGGCACGGUCAGUCUGGGGACCGUCAGUGACAAUGCUAGCACCAAAGCCAUGGCCGGCUCCAUCCUCAAUGCGUACAUGCCUCUGGACAGUAGGGACAGCAGCAGUCUGGAGGUGCAGGUGGAUGUGGAGUCGAAGGUGUGUAAGCUCCGUCACCACAGCGGCAGCAGCAGCCUGGACGACAGCAUCACGAGCGGGGGCCGCGGGAGGGGCGCCGCGGGCGGAGGAGGGGGCUGCUGCUCCACGGGGUGCCCACACUCGUCCUCCUCACGCCUGGCCAAAGAGGCGUCCGCGGGGAAGAAGAGCAAAGGCAAGCUGCGCAAGAGGAACAGCAGCGGGGGCGUGAGGCGCAGCGGGGCGGAGGCGAGACGGGCGGGCGACGACCUGGACGCCCAGCUGCUGGAGCAGCGCAGCACCCACUCCAGCGAGCCCGACUCGCCCUCACCCCCCUCCCUGAGCGGCAGCCUGCCCUCCGUGGCCGACUCCCACUCCAGCCACUUCUCGGAGUUCAGCGGCGGGUCAGACCUGGAUGCCUGCCGGCCGGCCUGCUGCCACCACGACCCCCUCGGCUGCUCCCGACACCCCCACGCCACCACGGUGAGCCCCCCACCCGAGUUGGAGCACGGCCAGCCGGAAACCAGCCACCCCGGCGGUGCUAUAGGGAUGCCCCCUUCACCGCCGGUGGGAGUGUUAGCAUUGCGCUACAUUGCAGAGGAAAGUGUGGGCUUGAUGCGAGCAGUAGAACUGGACUUGCAUGUGGGGGAGGAGGAGGACGAGGAGGAGGAGGAGGAGGAGGAGGAGGAGGAUGAAGAAGAUGAUGAAGAGGAGGGGAGUGUGGAGACUCUCCUGAAAGAGCGAAAUAAUAACCUGCCCCCUUCCCCGGCCAGCUCGCCUAGACACCCCUGCAUUCAGACUGAUAUCUAAGCCCUCCCUCCCUUCCUCCCACAGACAGAAACAUGGGUCAGUCUGAUCCACACCACAGAGGUUCUCCAGCUAAUCUCACACCCACUUCAUCUUACUGAGGAUUGCACACUGAUUACACACAAGGUUUCAAAAUGAGAAAAAAACAAACAAACAAACAGAAGUAAAGAGGGGAAAAAGAAGAGUUGUUAUUACCGAGUUGGUGUUUUUUUUUUUUUUUUUUUCCCAACGUUGGCUGUUUGCAAAAUGAAUGUCGAUUUAAGCAAUGUCCACUGUCUAUGUGAGUGCAGGGCAGUGUAUGCUGUGGAGAAGGACUGUGGUGAGAAGUGUAGGACAGGGGUUUGGUCAAAGGAUGUCAAUGCAGGUUUGAAGGGCAUGUGAGGUUCUAGAAGCAGGUUCCGGAAAGGUCCACGUGGGCUAUAUGACUGCUCUCUGACUCUGCCUGUGCUUCCUUCAUUGAGCUGCUCUCAGGUAGGAUCAAGCUCAGAUGACACCCAGGACAGCUACACGGGCAUGAAUGUAGGAGGGUCUACUGAAUGACAGGUACAGUUUGAUUGACAGAUGUAGCUGAAAAUAACAAGCCUUGUUAUGUUUCUUUUUUUCUCCCCCCCCUCCCACCCCCAAUGGACAGUAGCAUUUUUUUUUUAAAGGGGGCCUUACAGUCUUUGGACACACACACACACACACACACACACACACACACACACACACACUCUCCUGAUGAGAACAUCAUGUUGUCUGAGGUUGGCUCUCACAGUCCAGCCUGAGGAUGGUGACCCAUCAUGCAUCAUUCAGAUUGAAACCUAAGAGGGGCCAGGUAAUGGUAGUGUUCCUUUUUCAACUUUCAUGAUUCAGAUUUGUACUUUUGGUGUGAAGGUGUGGUUCUUUGGGAAGGGUUGUCAUGAGUUGAAGCCCUGUGUUGGGGCUUAGCAGGGGGAGAACCAUGUUGGAGGGGCACUGAGUUGAACAGCAUCAGGACCUCUCUCUCUGCUAGACCAUACAGCCCACUGUAGCCUUCUGUGUCAGGUAGAGCUUCACAUUUACAGCACAAACUGGAGGAGAAAAGAUGUGACCGCUACAGGAAAUGGUCAUUUAGAAUGACACCUCACAACAGAAAGUAGUUUUAUGUUACUGACUCAUGGUGCCUUUUUAAAAAUCUGUUUCCUUUCCUUGUCUGUUUAAAAAAAAAAAAAAAAAAAAAAAAAAUAGUGAAAAAGUGUGUCAUGCCCUGUCACCACCCGCGCACACACACACACACACACCCCCUCUGAUCUGUGGUAGACAUUAGACUCCAGAACCACCCACCAAAGAGGGCGCUCAGCCCUGGGCCCUUUGGUGACGCCUGAUCUGCAGACUGAAGAGUGCUGUGCCUUUGUCCCCUCCUCAAGUGGCUCGUGUGCUGCAUACAGGCAGGCCCAGUUCCUCUCACUUCCUGUCUGGGUUCCUCUCACUUCCGGUCUGGGUUCCUCUCACUUCCUGUCUGGGUUCCUCUCACUUCCUGUCUGGGUUCCCCUCACUUCCUGUCUGAAUCUUCUAUCCCAGCACACACACACACACACACACACACACACACAGUUUUCCCACAGCCCAAGUGUCUAACCCAGGCUUUUGUACUGUUUUCGUCUCUGGACCUGUACUCUCAGCGUGUGUGUGUGUGUGUGUGUGUGUCACUCUUCAGAGUACACAGGAGCAGUCUGGGAUGGGAAGGACCCAUGGGUUUGUUUAUUAUUCAUGUUUUUUUGUGUUCAUUUCUCUGCCGUUCUGGUGCUGCUCAAUAAUCACCCUGGACUAAAAAUGCCACGCGCUGCAGUCCCUCCUUAUGUGUGCUGUUCUUCUCCUCUGGAUCUGUCUGCUCUGAGACCUCCACCCACUGUUAUGUUGACCUUCUGUUGACCUUCUGCCCUAAGGUCGAGAGCCAGCUCGAUGAAACUGGCUCUGCACAUCUGAUAUUUGUAUAUUUGUUUCCUAAUUUGCUUUAUAAUAUGCGUGUAUAUGCAUAUCCAAAUAAAGAAAAUGAAGUAAAA